AACAUAUUGCUUUCAACUGUCAAUCAGCCUACAUAUCUUCUUACUCAAAGAACGAAUCAGUGUCUGUCUGUGUCAAUCACAUUGCAUUAAAGAAAGAUUCAGAAGAUAACUAUAAGAAUGCUCUGAUGAAACAGAGAGAAGAUUAUCUUCUGUUCAAAUUUGUAAACAGAAGCUUAAAGAG